AUGCGGAGGAAAUUCCAAGUCGGUUAUAUUUUAUUCCUGCUACUUGUUGUUUCAAGGAUAGAUGCUUCAGUCAACCUUUUUUGUCUUAUCGAUCCGCAAUUUUUAGUGAUCAACAGAAGAUUACGUCGAGACACAGAAGCGCCCGUUGCGCAUAGUCUUCAUCGUGAAGUCCGACGAAAACCGCCAGCAAUACUCCAGAUGAUUGGCCCGCUGGCAUUUGGAAGGAAAGACGGAGACGACGCGAAAAUGCAUGUUCCUCUGUUGGGUCAAUUUGGAGUUGGAGAUGUUAAUCAGAUGACUGCAAAGUUUACACCCGAAGGAAUGAAAGGGCAGAAAGCAAAUGGAGGAACAUUUGACAUUGAUGAUGAGAAAGGUCCACAGUUAGGGUAUAUGGACAGAGAAACUACAAUGGGAGAAAGAUCAGGAAGUACUGGAAAAAUGUCAAUCCUCGGACUUGGAAACAUUGAAAUGGGAGAUGUGAAAGAGCAAGGAACAGGUCUUUUAGAUUUUUCUAAAUCUUUGUUCCCAUUUCUCGAGUUACCUGCGCUGAAAAACGAAACGGAAAAGGAAACGCACACUCAAGUGGAUCCAACUUAUACAGAAUAUUACUACCCAAAACCUAGAUCUUAUUUGGAAUCAUCUUAUGACGUGAGCAGACCUCAGACAACGUCUCUUGCCUCUUUAGGAAAAAAUCGAGAAGACAUAGAGUUCCCAAAACUUGUCACUGAUGAACCUCCAGCCAAGAAGUACAGUAACCCUUUCGAUAGUGUUCAAAUCCGACCAAGAGUCCAUGCCGCAGUUACCAAGACCGCAGAGGAUACAAAAGAAAAGGAGGGAUUCAUUGCACAAAACGGGAAACAAGUGGAUCCAGAUGAAGACACAUCACCUCUUUUGACUGCAGAAAAUAAGGUUUCACAAGUGACAACGCGAAAAUCCAUUCAUGAAGUUGGUCUGUCACCAACAGAAAUUUAUGCUCUAUGUGCGAAAUUUGCCCCAAUGGCUAAUCAGCACUGUUACAAAAGCAAAGUAGAGGAACAGUUUGUGGAGAGAUGUAGAGGAUACCAGAAAGAUUGUGUUGAAUUCAUUGCAAAGGCUCGCCCUCUUGGAGCUAUUGCAAACUCAUUCUCGUCCGGAGUUGGUUUAACAUACUAUGAUUGGAAUGUCAAUGGUAUUCCAUAUUACCCAGUGAAUGAAGAAGGAUCUAUUGGAAACGGACACCAUGGAAAAGUCGAUUUUGGAACUUGGGGAGGAGGAUAUUCUGAUAACCUCGGGGUCAGAGAUUUCUGGUCUCAGACUCAAGAGUAUGGGGCAAAUUGGUAUGAAGGCCAGUAUGGAUACAAAACAGGAUGGAGUAUUCCUCUUGUUCAAGGACUUGGAGUAGAAGGAGGACAGGGUGCCCAAGUUUCAGUGCCAAUAAAAGAGGGAGAGUUGGGUAAACCGAUUACUGUGACAAAUGGAUAUCAUGUUGGUCCAUUCAUGGGAUUAGCGGAUAGGGUUGGAAUAGAUUGGCUCAAUGGAGGAGUUUCUUGGAACAAAGGAUUUGCUGUUCCUUUUGUCGGUGUGGGCGUGAACACUGGAACCGCAGUCGGCUUCCCAUCGGUAGGGAUGAUAAUGAAUAGAAUGGGAUUGAAUAGUGUGGAAACUUUAAACACGAUGGCAAGAGCAGCAGCUGCAGAAACAGCGCAAGUUGCAGAACAACGAUCUACGAAAAUUGAUCUCGGAAAUCUCUAA